AGUGGCUCUUAACUGUGGUGGGUUCAGUUCCCAGUGGGAAAGCUCAGACCAUCAGUUUGCUUCAGAAAACAGCAAACGAAAGAGGCUUUGUCUCUGGCUUUAGUUAAGAGGGCUGAAAUACCUCUGAUUCCUUUUCAUCCAAAAUGUACGGUUGUUGAUUUUGUCAAUAUUUAAAAAGAAAAGGGAAAGAAGAGUGGCCAAAGCAAGGGAGAGGAAAUGUUAUUUAAAUUUUCCAAAAGUACAAUAGCUGUACCUCGGUAUUCACACAGUGGAGGAAAUCAUGAGGAAAUGCCCUUUUGCACCCCUGAUCCUCUGCAAACUGCUCCCAAAUGUAGAGGGACCGUCCAGCAUGGCUUUUGGGGUGUUUCAUGAAGGAUAAAAAAACUAAUUCAGGAGCCUGGCAUGGAUCCAUCUGUGGCAAACAGCAGCAAGUCACAGCUUUCGCACUUUGAAUCCUGCUUGCCGUCUCUACCUGCAGUCUUCUUGCUCAUCGCAGCUUAUGUUAUAGUCAUGCUGGUGGGGCUUCUUGGCAACCUUUGCCUAAUUAUUAUAAUCAAGAAACAGAAAGAAAGCCAAAGCGUCACCAACAUUUUGAUUGCCAACCUCUCCUUAUCUGAUAUCUUCAUUUGUGUCAUGUGCAUUCCUUUCACCGUUGCAUACACUUUGAUGGAUUACUGGGUCUUUGGAGAAGCUAUGUGUAAAAUAUCUGCUUUUGUACAAAGUGUGUCUGUUACUGUGUCUACAUUCUCACUUGUAUUAAUUGCUGUCGAGAGGUAUCAGUUAAUAGUAAACCCGCGAGGUUGUAAGCCUAGUAUUUCACAUGCAUUUUGGGGAAUUAUCUUUAUUUGGGCAUUUUCUUUAAUAAUAUCAACUCCUUUUUUUAUAUUCCACCAAGUCACUGAUGAACCCUUUAGAAACCUUUCUUCCCACAGUGAUAUCUAUAAGAACAAAGUUGUCUGCAUUGAGGUAUGGCCAUCCAUUGAAGAACGGCGUGGCUUUACCACCACAAUGUUAGUUUUCCAGUAUUUCUUUCCACUAGGGUUUAUUUUCAUCUGUUAUGUGAAGAUAUUUGUGUGCCUUCAGAAGAGGCAUGCUAAGGUGGAUAAGAUAAGGGAGAAUGAGAUCAGACUAAAUGAGAGUAAAAGGAUUAAUAUUAUGUUAAUUUCAAUCGUUGUGACCUUUGGAGCAUGUUGGUUACCUCUGAACAUAUUUAACAUGGUGUUUGAUUGGAACCACGAGGCCCUGAUCAACUGCCACCAUAAUGUGGUCUUUACCUUGUGCCACUUGGUAGCCAUGAUCUCCAUAUGCAUCAAUCCAGUCUUCUAUGGAUUUCUCAACAAGAAUUUUCAGAAGGAUUUAGUUGUUCUGCUUCACAACUUCAGAUGCUUUGAAUCUCAAGAGUUAUAUGAGAAUAUCGCCCUUUCUACCAUGAACACAGAUGUGUCAAAGGGAUCCUUUAAACUGAACAAUAUGCCUGCAAAUAUCUGAAACAGGCAACUUUCCAACAAUAUACAUUUUGUAUUGAAUUAUUAUAUUGGUGUGUAUUGCCUAAUUAUUAUUAUAUGGAAUUGUGGUAUUCUUGGUCCUAAUGUCAGCAGAGUGAGAGGGCCGCCUGUUCUCAGUGAGAACAGUAGUCUGUUUGAAGCUUAAAAUAUCCUUCAAAUGAAUAAAACAAAUUGGAUCAAUAAUAUUUAUUAAACCCACCAUGUCUGCUAAAGUCCCUUGCAGGGGCUUCCCAUGCUGCAGUGCUAGGAAACUGAAAGUUUGGGAAGCAGAAUCGGGAAAUGGAGAUACCAUUUAUAUUGGAAGAUGAUGCAACACUCUGGGUGGGUUAUGCCACCUGUGUUUACCCCAUGAUUCUCCUGGUCUGCCUGAAUCAAUACUACCUUAAAAUAGUACCAAUAGCUUGUAUCCUAAGCAACUGACAUUUGGGAUCUCUUAUUAUAUAAGCUCAAAAGCUGAUAACUUAGUACCUUAUAGAUCCUCUAAAACCACUUGUUCUACUCACUGACAUACCAAAAUAUACACUCCCACCUUUCUAAUAUUUGUUUCAAAAUUUCCAAAUAUGACUUCUUGUAUCAGAAGCAUCAUCUGUCUACUGCUGUGCCUGUGGAUAAGUUAUUCCGACAUGUGGGAACAGGUUCUUCUUUGAUUAAGUCACUCUGGGUUGUAUCCAGCUAAAUCAUUGUACAAACAUAACAACUUCCAUGAGUGCAACAGAACUUUCUUCUGUCCUGCUGCAUGCCCCAAAAAUCUGCUCUGGGGGUUCUUCCAUGUGUGCAGUAAUUUAAUUGGACACAAUCUGUUGUCAUUGCAGAAGAAGCUAGUAACUAGAACACUGAUAAGAGAGCAACAGAUUGCACAGUGCAUUGGCAAGGAAAGGUAUGCAGCCUUGCUUGCCUUCAGAAGUGCAUUUGCCUUUUAAAAUAAGUGUUAAAAUGUUUUGAUUCUACCACCCCUUCAAUUAUUUAUUUAUUAAAUUUAUUAGUCGCCCAUUUGGCUGGAUGUCCAGCCACUCUGGGCAACGUACAAAAUAAAAACAUACAAUACAUUAAAACAUUAAAAUCUCAAACAGUAGUAAUAAAACCUAACCCAACAAAAAAGCCUGCCUGAAGAGCCAGGUCUUGAACCCAAUGGGGCUUACUUCUGAAUAGACAUGAUUCGGAUUGCAGCCUUAGUCAUGCUUGGUGGGGCUGAUGGGAGUUGGGGGGGCCACAGGUUUCCACCCCUGCCCUACACAUACAUAUGUACACUGAAUGAAAAACUUUCUGAAAUGGCAGGAAGUUUUUUAAAGAGUGAAAUAUAGCAUGGUUCAUUGGGAGUAACUAUUCAAAGAAAAGGUCCAAAAAUUCUGCUGAAUUACAAGGCCUUUGUGCAACUUUAGCUCUUUAGAUCCUGAUUUCUAUCCGCAACAGUAGACAGGCACAUAUUUUAGAAAAGUGGGCAAACUCAUGCUGUUGCUGUCCUUAUCACUUCAGAAUUAUUCUAUUCAUAGCUAUCAAUGGCUAGUAGCUAGUAGUCACUGAUAGACAUCUUCCACGUAGAAAAGGAUUCCUAACACCAAGGAGCAGGGGGGGAAUUUCCCCUUCUUCCUUCAACUUUGAAACAGGGAGGGUUGUGCUGGUUGUUGCAUAUAACCCCUUCCUAGUUUCCCUCAGCAGGGCUGGUGAAGUAAAAACCAAAUGUGUAAGGCAGGUGUGGGGAACCUUUGGCUCUCAAGAUGCUACUGAACUACAACUCUCAUCAGCCACAGCAAGCAUGGCCAAUGGCUAGGGAUGAUGGGAAUUGUGCUACAGUAACAUCUGGAGGGCCAGAGGUUCCCCAUACCUGAUAUAAGGUGUGAGGUACAAAGCAAGAAGAGGGAGAGGAAAAGAGGCUGGCUGGCAUUCAACUUUAAAUAUAUUUACUUGGAAAUCAGUUUGCAAGUUAAUGUAGUUAAGGUUACACCCCAAAGACAAAAGUGUUUAUAGUUAUAAUUUUAGCUGUCCAUUAUUCAGUUUUUACUAAAUGCCAAUAGAGUGAUUUAGCAGGGUUCUGGAACCUGUGCCCUUCAGGCAGUGUUGGGCUACAGCUCCCAUCAGCCCCACUCAGCAUCGCCAAUGGUGAGGGAUGAUACUAGCAUUCCUAUGCUAGAAAUAUGGAAACAAAGCAGACUGGCUGCUUAGUUUCAGGGCCCUAUUGAUUCAGGAGCUGGAGCCUGGAGAUGAGAAGAUGGAGUAUUCCCAUUGUACCACAUUUGGGUAUGUUAGAUAUAUUUUUAAUAUCUUUUAAUCUCCCAUAAAUUUUGCUUACUUUUGGGUUUAAGUGUAUAGAAAAUGUUCAGAACAACUUUGACUAUAAGUGAUCAUUGUAUAUAAUGAGCACAUAUAAUAACAUCACUGGUGUGUAUUAUUUUCAGCAUGUUAACUUGCCACUGUAUUGUUGAUAGAUAAAAGUAAAAGCAAAAUGAAACAAAUGUCUGCCUA